ACAAAUCACAGAAGCCUGUCCCGUGCAGAGUCCCUUGGGUUUCCUGCCACCCUCAGGCCAUGGAACCAUCACGGGCUCAGCCAUCACCGCCGUCGCCCCUCCCCUUGAGGACCACCUCCUCCAGCAUCCCCACCACCCUUCUUAACAGGUACGAACUCGGUAAAUUAUUGGGCCGCGGCAGCUUCGCCAAGGUUUACGCAGCUCGUUCUCUGACGGAUGACAAGCUCGUAGCUAUAAAGGUUAUAGACAAAACGCGCAUGGUGGACGCCGCCAUGGAACCUCGGAUACUUUGUGAGAUUUCCGCCAUGUGCCGCCUCAAGCACCAUCCGAAUAUUCUUAAAAUCCAUGAGGUUAUGGCCACCAGGACCAAAAUUUACCUCGUGAUUGAGCUGGCCUUGGGUGGCGAGCUCUUCUCCAAGGUUCUUCAUCGUGUUAAACUCAAGGAAUCUAAGGCUCGCCGCUACUUUCAACAGCUCGUGUCGGCUCUCCACUUUUGCCACCAGAACGGCGUAACUCACCGCGACCUCAAGCCUCAAAAUCUCCUUCUCGACGAAAAUGGUAAUAUAAAAGUAUCCGAUUUCGGUCUCUCGGCCUUGGCCGAGGCGCAGAAAGGCGAUGUCCUUCAGACGGCUUGUGGGACGCCAGCUUUCACUGCGCCGGAGGUGAUGGCACAGCGGGGAUACGACGGUGCGAAAGCGGACGCGUGGUCUUGCGGGGUCAUACUGUUCUUUCUACUAUCAGCACAGCUGCCCUUCGAUGAUACGAAUCUUGUAGCCAUGUACAAGAAAAUUCGUCGAAGAGAAUAUCAAAUGCCUUCUCCAAUCUCAAAAUCAGCUAAAUCUAUCAUAACUCGGCUUCUUGACCCAAAUCCCAAUACAAGAAUGAGCAUACAAGAACUAAUGAAUCAUUCUUGGUUUCUGAAGAGUUAUGAAUUACCAACUCAAAAUAGCAUGUUCGAAACAGAACAUACAAAAUUCUGUAAAUAUGAUCCUUCAAGUGUUAGUGCAUUUGACAUAAUAUCUUUAUCUUCAGGGCUGGAUCUCUCCGGCCUUUUUGAUGUCACAAGUAGAAGAACGAAGAGCUUUACUUCAAGGGAGACGAUGGAGAGAAUGGCGGAGCGAGUGAGAGAGGUCGGCAGGCAAUUGGGUUAUAGAGUUGAGGAAGGAAAAGGUGGGGCAAUUGGGUUGGGGAAAGGAAGGGUGGUUGUGGUGGUGGAGGCGGUGGAAGUAGCAGAGAAGUUACUGGUGGUGGAAUUGAAGGUUGUGCAGGGCGGCGGUGUGGAAUUUGGGGAGGCCCAGUGGGGAGAAUUGAAGGAUGGACUUCAAGAUGUUGUUCUUCAAUGACAUAGCGAUGCCAUGUGAAAAGUGGAAGGGGAAGAGUACAGGGGACAAUUCUUUAGUUUCAGCCUAGAUGUUUAGUGUUAGGUUGGAUCAUUAUCCUUUCUUAUUACAAGUUUGUAAAUGCAGUCUUGAUUUAGUUGGAUUGAGAUUUGAUUUUUGUUUGUGUUGUUUGAUUUGGAAUGAUACAAAAUCAAAAUAUGACUGCAAAAUUAUGUUCAGUAAAUGAAUAAGCGUUUAGUUGUGUAA